CUGAGGCCUCUCCAAUCUCCGUAGCCAGUUACCCACUGUCCCCCCCCCCCACUCUCUCUCUGUCUCUCUCUCUCUCUUGCCGCGAGAUGAAGAGGAACGAGGUAAAGGAGAAGGAGAAGACGGACAAGCCUUCGACCCGCCGCCGCAUCCUCGGCGUCACCGCCUUCAUCGCCGCCGCCGCCGCCGGCACCUUGUUCCUGCUGUCGGCGAUCGGGGAGAGCAGUGGAGACCCGGACAAGACGGCAGAUGAUGAUCCGCCGACGACCCGGACAAUGAAGGCGCCGGGCUUUGACGGCAAGGUGAUGAUCUCCCGCGACAAGUUCGAGGGUAACCCGAAGGAGUACUUCAGGGCCAGCCGGAAGGGAGACGAGGAAGACGUUGGCGCUUUCAAGUAACGGAUCGGAGGACGCCGGCAACUAAACACAGCCUAUAUGUGAUCUGAAAACUCUGCAUGUACCAGCUGGCCUGGAUGUUAGCUUAAAUAAGUACGUAUAGUACGAUGUACUAUGUCAGUAUAUGUGUGUGAUCGAGGCGAUGAGUCUCCUACAUGAUGUGUCUUAAGGUGAUAUCCUAUCGUUGUUUAUAUAUCACUUAGAAAAUUAUAAAAAAAUUAAAAAAAAUCAACAAGCCAAAUCGGUGAGUGAUUUGGCCGACC